AUGGUCAUCCCUUUGGCGAUAAUGAAAUACUUCACUGUGGAGAGGAUGGCCAAAAAUGAGACAACGGGACCAGGGUUAUACUUCAAAUACUGGGGAUUAGAUAUCACUUAUCCUAGAAUCACCUCCUGUCAGCCUGUGCUCUCUGAUGUGAUAGGUGUGGAGAAGACAAUCGUCUGUGGCAAUGGACAAGGCUGCAAGGUAUCGAGAACUGUGACCCUCGUGGAUACCUACACGAAUAGCGUAGGAUGGAAGAUUGGUGGGUCAGUUGGCGCAGAUAUUGGAGCCGGGGAAGGGUUCACCAUCAAAGUCUCAGGGACCUACGAGAGAAAUUAUCAGGAAACCUGGGCGAGAGCCGACGGGACAACAACAACAUACGAGUUUACUUUGAAAGAGAACACUAGUUGCACACCAAGUAUGGUGCAUGUCGAUCUGCUGUGCGACAUCGAGGAGGCAACGUAUAAAUUCGACGCACGGUUUAAAAGCGAUAAGAGCGAGGGUGACAUUUUGGUCUUGGAAAAUGAUUUGAACAAAGCUGACCGGCUUCAGCAUUGUACUGUCCUAGACCUGGUCGCCGACGGCGUGAAAGAUGAUCCUGAAAAUGGCAUGGUAUGGGCACCAUUGUGGCCAAAGGAUCACGACAGAGGCUUCCUCUUUAUGGGGUCUGUUGUGACGCUGAAUAAGUAUCGUUUGCUUUCCGACGACCACGAAAUCCGCUCCAACGAAAUUGUAAUCAAAUCGAACCCUCGCAAAGGGAACCCUUUUCCAAACAGAGUAUUCAUAUGCCCUCCCGAUCAGCCCCUCCGCAAAACAGGCGAGGCUCGUGUACCCCUGAAGCAGCUUGGAAAUGAACUCCUUGGUGCGAUUGGAUGCGUUUAACUCUUGAAGCAACGAAACGACCAAUCUCCCUUUGUAUCAAAGUUUUCCUGUUCGAUUUCGAGAACACCUCGACAAAGUGGUAUAUAGCUUGAUUUGUUUUGCCAGUGACACAUCAGGCGAUUUUUUUAUGCCAUUUCUGGUUGUUGGAUAUUUAGCAACUGUGAUAAUGAGUUACGUUGGCACCAAGGUUGGGAGGAAGUGGUUUUCAGGAAGUAGUGUACCUUAAUACAGUGCAGUAAAGUCUAAAUUUGAGAUUCAGA